AUGGCGGGCCCCGAACAACAAACCCGCAAUCGUGGGUUCAGCGUCAAGUCGGACAAAUCCCAUAAAUCCAACACCUCCGGCCACAAAUCACACCUGUCUGAAUCCUCACAGGAAAAAGCCCGUCGCAGUCUUCAGACCAAGGCAGAUCCCACCGUUGCGAUGAAUGAGUUACAGCCCAUGGCGGUCGCAUUGGAAAAGUCUAAUAUGGGAUCUUUACGGGCAAUCGAGCACAAGGAUCAGUUUGGUAAUCCGAUCACUGAGCCAGACUGGUCCAACCCAACUCGUCCACGCUACGAGCGCCCGCUGGACACGAUUCGAUCAUUCGAGGCAGCUAUCUAUGGCACCUAUGUCAACAAUCGCCCAGGUUCAUAUAUCCGUACGGAUGACGCCGCAUCGCAAAUGGGCGAUUAUACAAGUCGCCGAACAAGCUAUCAUGGAGGCCAAAAUGGCGGAUACUCGAGUCGUGGCUACAACGACCAGAAUGCCUAUUACGGCCGUAACGCUCAAUCCCGUCCGGACAGCUUGAUUGAUGGCUACGGAAACUCUAGCCAGGCGCCUGAUAACUACUACCCUUAUAAUCACCAAAAUGGCAAUGGUCGGCGCCCACGUCACAUGUCCCGAAUGUCAACAGACCAAAGUGGCUACGGGAAUGGAAGCGGCAAUAACUUCAGCGGCCAAUACGCGUACCAACAACAAAACUAUGACCGAUCUCACGACAAUGCCGCGGGGAUGUCAGGAUCUGGUUCCGGCUACACAGACUCUCACGGACAAUCUACCGACCCUAGCAGCCUCAAUAGCUCCCUGGACCAGCUCCAACAACAACAACAACGAGCCGAUGAGCGAGGAUCUCCCGGAUAUGGCCCUCCGGGCUAUGGUGGUGGGUCUCAGAUGAGCGGUACCGGGCGAGGCGCCUCUGCUGUACCCGGAUGGGGCCCCUCAGCGGCCGGGACUCCCAGCAGAGGACCACCACCGCUUCCCAAGCCUCAGAUGCAUGACGAUAAGAAGAAGGGUUGGUUCAAGAAACGGUUCAGCCGAGGAUAG